UGCUCGGCCUGGUGCACGAGCUGCGCGGCGGACACACACCGCCUGAAGAGCAGCGACAAGAGCGGCACAAGGGUCUCUCCAAAAACAAAUUAUCCACUGUUUUCUUUUACAGUGUCUUGCUUCACUUUACUUGUUUCCAUUGUAUUUAUUCUGCCAAUAUGGCAAAGACGCUCACCGGGUUGCUGGUGGCUCUGUGCGUAACGAGCGCGUUAUCAGGGAGCAAAAACAGAAGGCAGGCUGGACAGUAUCAAGUGUAUCCACAGCUCCACGAAAUAGCAUCGGGCUCUUCAGAUGGGUGUGAGGAGAAUGGAGUGUUAUACAGAGUAAAUGAGCAGUGGGAGAAGCCGUACCGCGGGAGUACACUGGUGUGCACCUGCAGCGCAACGUCGGGCAUCAAGUGUAAAACAAAACCGGCAGUUGAGGAAACAUGCCACGACAAGUACAAUAACCAGAUUUACCGUGUCGGUGAAUCCUACGAGAGGCCAAAGGACGGCAUGAUCUGGGACUGCACGUGCAUCGGCUCCGGGCGCGGCAAAAUCAGCUGCACCAUCGCAAACCGCUGUCAUGAAGCUGGGAGGUCGUAUAAAAUCGGAGACACUUGGCAAAGACCCCACGAGACUCAGAACUACAUGCUGGAGUGUGUCUGUCUGGGCAAUGGCAAAGGAGAGUGGACCUGCAAACCUCUGGCUGAGCGUUGCUAUGAUAAUGGAGGAGCAUCUUCGUACACUGUCGGUGAGACAUGGGAGAAAUCGUACCAGGGCUGGAUGAUGCUGGACUGCACCUGUGUGGGAGAAGGCAAUGGCCGCAUCACCUGUACAUCCAGAAACCGUUGUAAUGACAAGGCGAUGCAGCAGUCCUAUCGUAUUGGUCAGACCUGGAGGAAGAUUCACACUGACGGACAGAUGGUGGAGUGUGUGUGUUUGGGCAAUGGCCGUGGAGAGUGGAAAUGUGAGAGAGACGCUGCUCGUUCAGGCUCAGGUACCCCAGCAGGCUCAGGUACUGUGGUACUGACCCCUGUGCUGACCCCUGUGCUGACCCCUGUCCUGCCCCAACCACUGCCUCAGCCCCUGCCGCCCACUGAAGGCACCUGUCGCGCCGACUCUGGAGCUACUUACUUUGAUGGACAGAGAUGGAUCAGGAACCAGGGCUCCCAACAGAUGCUCUGCACCUGUCUGGGCAAUGGAGUCACCUGUCAGGAGUGGGAGGCCACUAGCCAGGUGUAUGGUGGCAACUCCAAUGGGCAGCCCUGUGUGUUUCCAUUCAUGUUUAUGGGAAAGACCUACUACACAUGCACUUCUGAUGGUCGCACUGAUGGACAGCUCUGGUGCUCCACAACCUCUGACUAUGAAACAGAUCAGCAGUACUCAUUCUGCACUGAGAAGUAUGCUAUCGUGGCGACCCGAGGUGGGAACUCCAAUGGCGCCCUGUGUCACUUCCCGUUCCUGUACAGUGGCCGUAACUACACUGAUUGCACAGCCGAUGGACGCCGUGAUGGGAUGAGGUGGUGUGGUACGACCUACAACUACGACGGAGAACAGAAAUUUGGAUUCUGUCCCAUGGCUGCUCAUGAGGAGGUGUGCACCACGAACGACGGAGUUAUGCAUCGUGUUGGGGACAAAUGGGACAAACGCCACGACGUUUUGGGUCACAUGAUGGAGUGCACGUGUCUGGGGAACGGCCGUGGAGAGUGGAACUGUAUCGCCUACUCCCAGCUCAAAGACCAGUGCAUUGUGGACGGAUACACGUAUGACACCAACCAGGAGUUCUACAAACGCCACGACGCGGGCUACAUGAUGAACUGCACCUGCUUUGGACAGGGCCGCGGCCGCUGGAAGUGUGACGCUGUUGAUCAGUGCCAGGAACCUCAGACCAAAGCUUUCUAUCAGAUUGGAGAGUCGUGGGAUAAAACUAUAAACAGCAUCCGCUAUCGUUGCUAUUGCUAUGGCAACGGGAAUGGAGAGAUGAGAUGUGAACCUCUGACAACCUCCCCAGACGGCUACAGACCAGUGCAGGUGAUCAUCACAGAGGCAGGAAAGCAGCCGGACUCCCACCCAAUCCAGUGGAACCCCCCCUCUUCAGUCCAUAUCACCCAAUACAUCCUGAAAUGGAGAAUCAAAAAUACCCGUGCUCCUUGGAGGGAGGCAGUGAUCCCUGGACACCUGAACUCUUACACCAUCAGUGGGCUGCGUCCUGGAGUCACCUACGAGGGUCAGCUCAUCAGCAUCCUCCAAUAUGGCCGCCGCGAGGUCACACGCUUUGACUUCACCACCACAUCUGGAUCCUUGGAGACUUCAGAAGGAGAGACCACUGCUCCUCCUCCUGUGGUCGAUACCUCAGAGUCGGUCACAGAAAUCACCUCCAACAGUUUUGUGGUUUCAUGGACGUCUGCAUCUGCCACCAUCUCCGGCUUCAGAGUGGAGUAUGAGCUGAGUGAAGAAGGGGCCAAACGCAACUCUCUGGAACUUCCUCGUACCUCAACGUCCGUUACCAUCGGCGACCUCCUGCCUGGACGCCGCUACAACGUGAAUGUCUACGAGCUUCCAGAACAGGGAGACCCCACCCUCAUCCUCACCACUUCACAGACUACAGCUCCAGAUGCUCCUGCCCAACAUGCUAUCGACGAUGUGACUGAAACUUCAAUCCGCAUCAGCUGGACACGCCCCCAGGCUCCUAUCAGUGGUUACCGUGUGGUGUACACUCCCUCAGUAGAAGGCGAUAGCACAGAGCUGAUCCUGGGUAAGAGUGACACCUCUCUGACCCUUGUGGACCUUCAUCCCGGGCGUCUGUACAACAUCAGCAUCUACGCCGUGAAGGAGAAGAUGGAGAGCGAGCCUGUGUUUGUACAGGUUAACACUGCAGGCACCCCUCCACCGGAGGACGUCCCAUCUCCCACAGAUCUGCAGUUUUAUGAAGUGUCUGAUGUGAAGAUCACCAUCACCUGGACGGGACCCCCCACUGAAGUGACAGGAUACAGGGUCACCUUCUCCCCUGUGGGAACUGAUGGCUCUGACACCAGACUCCUGCAGCUUCCUGUUUCUCCAAACGCGUACGCAGACAUCACCCACCUACAGCCCGGGACCCUCUACCGCUUUUACAUCUACGCCAUCAGUGGAGGAGUGGAGAGUGAGCCCCUCAUUGGGGAGAAGGCAACAAAGCCCGAUGCUCCAACCAGACUGCAGUUCACAGACAUUGGUGCUGACAAUGUUCUGGUGAUGUGGGAGUCUCCUCGUGCUUCAGUGUCCGGAUACAGACUGUACCUGAGCACUGAGGGCUCCAGACCCACCGAGAAGAGGAUCCCAGGAGACAUUUCUCAGUACCACCUCCGAAACCUUCGCCCCGACACACAGUACACUGCCACUCUGCACUCUGAGAUCGACAACGAGCUGAGCGAAGGCGUGACGUCAUAUUUCACAACAGCUCCAAAGAUCGGGAAUGCUCCUCCUUUCAGCACUGAAGUCACUGACACCUCCAUCAUUGUCACCUGGAUCCCAAUGCGCAGAUUUAGCUACAAGCUGACUGUCCUGCCAAGUGAAGAGGGCGAGUCUAGAGAGGACACGUCUGAGUCUGGGCGAGUUUAUAUUUCCGAUCUGAUCCCGGGGACUGAAUACACCUACAGCGUCCAGCCCAUCUUCAACGGACGCAACAGAGGCAACCCCAUCACACGCAAUGUGGUCACAUCUCUUUCUCCUCCCACGAACCUCAGAGUGGAGUCCAACCCGAGCAGAGGAGAUCUUACUGUCUACUGGGUCGCCUCCAGAACACCUGACAUCACUGGCUACAAAGUUAUGAGCACGCCCACUACGGAUCAUAGAGGAACCGAGCUGGAGGAGCUUGUCCGUUCGGAUCAAACCUCUUGCAUCUUGGAAAACCUAAGUCUGGGCGUAGAGUACAACGUCAGUGUGUUCACAGUCAAAGGAAAUCUGGAGAGUCUCCCUGUGUCCACUAUUGUCACUCCAGAAAUACCCGUACCACGUGAUAUUGAGUUUGUGGACAUUACUGACACCACCAUUGGCCUGCGCUGGAUCCCUUUGAAUUAUACAUCCAUCACUGCCUAUCGGAUUUCGGUAGUGGCGGCAGGCGAAAGCUUGCCUAUUUUCCAAGAUAUGGUGGAGGUAUCUGCCGGUUAUUACCCCAUCCGUGGUUUGGAGCCCGGGGUGGACUAUGACAUCACUGUCACCACUGUAACAGAAGACGGAGAGAGCGAGCCGGCCGCAUACACAAAGCAAACACAAGCUGCCAUCCCCGCCCCGACCAGCCUGCAGUUCAGUGGAGUGGGUCCAGACCACAUCAGGGUGACCUGGGCAGUGCCUCAUGUGACCACUCCGAGCGACAUCUCUCGUUUUGUCAUCCGCUAUCACCCCAUCAACACCUAUGAUGACGUGAAGGAGGUGAAUGUGGGCGGGUCCACCAACACCUACCUGCUCCAGAAUCUGCUGCCAAACACUGAGUACUCUAUCAGCGUGGUUGUUGUCUAUGGUGAAAGAGAAAGUGAGCCAGUCACAGGAACCCAGAGGACAACUUUGGAUGCCCCUACUGGCCUGGACUUCUCUGAUAUUCAGACAAAUUCCUUCACUGUCCACUGGGUGGCACCCACUGCCGUUAUCACUGGAUACCGUCUGCGUUAUCAGCCAACAAGUGGAGGACGGGCCAAAGAAGAAAGGGUCCCCCCCUCCAGGACCCACUACACUCUCACUCAGCUGACCCCAGAGACUGAGUACAUUGUUCAUAUUUACGCUGUGAGCAGGAAUCAGGAGAGCCAACCCCUCAGCGGCACACAGGCCACUGUCUCUAAUGCUCCCACUGACCUGGAGGUGGUGACCAGCACCCCGAACAGCAUCACCAUCCGCUGGGACGCCCCCUCUGUCACUGUGAAGUACUACAAGAUCAACUAUGGUGUCACAGGAGAGACCCCUCAGGAGUUCACGGUCCCUGGCACACAGACCACAGCCACCAUCAAUGGGCUCAGACCAGGCACUGACUACACCAUCACAGUGUACGCGGUAACAGGGCGAGGAGACAGCCCCUCCUCUAACAUCCCAGCCAGCAUCUCUCACCGCACAAACACUGAGUCCCCCACUGGCAUGAAGAUAACUGAUGUGAGUGACAACGCCCUCACAGUGCGCUGGUCCCCUUCUCAGGGUCCCAUCAGAGGAUACAGGAUCACGAGCACCCCCAAGAACGGCCUAGGACCAUCAUAUUCGGAGGUGGUUGGCCCAGAGCGUACUCAGAUGAAAUUCACUGGUCUGAUCCCCACCACUGAGUACGUGGUCAAUGUGUACACCCUGGGCAAUGACGGACAGACCUCUUCACCUGCUGUAGAAAACGCCAUCACAGCUAUGGACCGCCCCAAGGACUUGACGUUCUCUGACAUUGACUUCACCUCUAUGCGCAUCACGUGGGACAGUCCUGAAGGCACCGUGACAUCAUACCGCGUCUUCUACACCAGUCCAGAAGACGGCGAUAGAGAGCUGCGCCCCGCCCCCAGAGGAGACCAGGACACAGUGGUCAUCCGAAAUCUCCGUCCUGGGACAGAAUACACAUUUAAAGUGAUAGCCCUGAAUGGACGCACACAGAGCACGCCUCUGGUCGGAAAACAAGCCACAGUUGUUCCAGCCCCAGCAAACCUUGAGAUCUUUGAUAUCGGCCCUUCCUCUUUUGUGUUGUCAUGGAGACCUCCUAACGCACAGCUUACUGGUUACCGCAUCGUCGUCAACCCCAAAAAUAUCAAUGGACCAUCCAAAGAAAUGAAUGUUGCCCCUGAUACAACCAGGGUCACUGUGCCAGGACUGAUGGUGUCAACUACCUACCAGGUUUAUGUUUACGCUCUGAAGAACUCUGUAACCUCUCGACCUCUGGAGGGAGAAGCAACCACACUAGAAGACGUCACCCCUCCCAGAAGAGUCAGACUCUCCGAUGUUAAAGACACGUCCUUCACUCUGACCUGGCGCACCAGAUUUGAGACGAUCACUAGUUUCCUGAUUGAGGCCACACCACACGGCAGCCCCGAGCCCACUCUGACCAGGACCAUCCCGGGAGAUCUCCGCACCUACACCGUCGAUGGUCUUCAGCCCGGAACCUCAUACAAUGUUAAGAUGUAUACUCUGAAUGGAAACACAAAGAGCGCCCCAUUCAUGUUCACUAUUACAACUGCUCAGCCAGUCGUCCCAGCACCCACCAAUCUGCAGGUGACUUCUCUGACCCCCACCUCUGUGUCCUUCACCUGGAGACCCCCGUCCGCUGACAUCACAGGGUACUACAUCACCUACGAACAGUCAGGAAGGCCGCCCCGUGAGCUCCUCCCACCCCCCCACUCUGGACAAAACUACGCCACAAUUUCUGAUUUGCGACCAUCAACUGAAUACAUAAUCCAAAUUGUUGCCAUCCAAAACAAUAUAAGGAGCAUCCCUCUUGUUGGCCGAAUCAUUACCAAACCAGAAUCCUUGCUUCCCCUGCCACUGCCUCGUCCAGAAGGUAACGACAAGCUAGAUGUGCCCGAAAUUGACAACAAAAUUCAGGUGGUGGGCAACAAUGGGCAGGACGGGCAUGGUGGUCAAAGCCAGCAUGUGGAGUACACUGAGUAUAACAACAACAAUAAUGGAGAUCGCACACAGCCACAGUAUCCUUACGGGCAAGUGCGUGAGCCUUUGGUGUUUUUGCCCCUCCCCGACGCAGAAGGUCGUAGGCUGCCCAUAGUCAAGUUGAACGUGCCCAUCGGAGCGCCCAUCGGGAAUGACACAGGACUGCCCCAAGAAGCCCAAACUCAUACCACGGUCACCUGGAAGCCGUACAAGCAGAGCAACGCCUAUCUGGUGUCCUGUGAGCCUCUAUCAAGCCAACGGGAGAAGCUCUUCCAGGUCCGUUUGCCCGGUACAGCGACCACUGCCACUUUGAUCGGGCUCACCCCAGGGGCAAACUAUAAUGUCAUUGUGGAAGCCAUUUUGGGAGCACUCAAGCACAAGAUCCUAGAGCAGAUCGUCACAACUGGAAAUACAAUCCCAGAUGGAGUCCCCUCUUCCUCAGACUCAUGUUACGACUCUUUCACUGCGACUCACCAUGAGGUCGGAGCCGAGUGGGAGCGCAUGUCUGAGACUGGGUUCAAACUCUGGUGCAGGUGUCUGGGUCUCGGCAGCGGCCAUUUUAGAUGCGACUCAUCAAAGUGGUGCCAUGACAGUGGAAAUAACUACCGCAUUGGGGAGAAGUGGGAUCGCCAAGCUGAGAAUGGACACCUGAUGAGCUGCACCUGUUUGGGAAAUGGCAAAGGAGAAUUCAAAUGUGAACCACAUGAGUCUGUGUGCUACGAUGAGGGCAAAACAUACCAAGUAGGAAACCAGUGGCAGAAGGAAUACUUGGGUGCCAUUUGUACCUGCACUUGCUUUGGAGGACAACAGGGCUGGCGAUGUGACAACUGCCGCAGGCCAGGGGCAGAAGUGGACCCCAGUCUGCUGCAGCCUGUUAGAUACGGAGACAACACACUGCGCAAAAAUAUCCAUUGUCCGAUUGAGUGUCUUCGGCCCGACCUGUUGGCAGACGCCCAUGCUCCCCCAAAUCCACGGGAAUAAAGCAUCCGCUCUGUCUCCAUCAGAUCACUGCACUUUUCACCCUCAUCUCAUGCCAAUAUUUUCAGCUAAAACUAAACAUUUUCUGCUGUAAAAUACUUGUUUCAUCCACAUUCUUCAAUUCAUAAUCCAUAAUCUACUGUAAACCAAAGAAAUGUUUCUGACUGCCUUUUCUUAAAGCCUUAAUGUGAGCACUGUUCUACAAGAAUGUCCUUAUAUAUUAGCUGCGUUUAAAUUUCCUGUAGUCCUUCGUUUAACAAGCACUGUCUGUGUGUAACUGACACAUUUCAUAAUUUAUCCCUUUAAUCUCAAAGUGUGAAUGUAACAACCUUGAUGUGAGGAAUCAAACUUUUCUAUUUUUGUACAUUGUUUGUGCUGAAAUUGUUUCUACGAUAAGAAGUCCAAUGUUGUAAUAAAGCUGGAGAGAUCCUAAAA